ACCUAAUAUUUUAAGUUCAACCAAUAUUUUACGCGUAUCACAGCCACAGAGCUAAAAAUGGCGUCCUCCGAAGAACUGUCAAUAGAAAUGUUUACAUGUUCUAUAUGCAGAGAAAUCUUCAAAGAUCCUGUAACAAUUAAAUGUGGCAAUAAUCAUAGUUUUUGUCGAGAAUGUGUGAAUCCAUUGAUGAUAGACGCCAGGCCUCACUGCCCCACUUGUCGUCAGGAGAUUAAACAAAAAACUUUAUCUACAAAUAAGAACAUGAGCACACAGAUGAUGAAUAACAAGCUGCCUUGUUUUGGAUGCAACGAAAAGAUUCUCAUUACCGAGCUCAACAACCACUUUACAGACUGUGAUAAGAUAGAUAAAAGCAUCACAUACUUCAAACCUGUAAAGGAAACUUCACAAAGAAUUCCAACAGAUCUUCCAAACAGAGCUACCUUCAAAUGCCCGUACUGUGAUCUGGGCAACCUGGACACCAGGGGCUUGAGGGAGCACUGUAACGAGAAACACAGAUAUGACUCAGCUCAUGUCGUGUGCCCUGUGUGUGCCUCUAUGCCAUGGGGAAACCAGCGCCAGGCGAGCUCAGACUUCAUGGCCCACCUCAACAUGAGGCACAAGUUUGACUAUGAAACAUAUGUCGAUUAUGGCCAGGAUGAAGAUGCAAUGUUAAAGGCGGCCAUUCAAGCAUCCCUGGAGUCUUGAAGCUGGAAGUCUUGGAGACAGAUACAUAUGUAGAUUCCCAAGCUGUCUUGCACUUUGUCUUUCAAAACAGAGGGACCAGUGAAGUCUCCCGACGUUGGACUAAAUUUAUCAGCAUAAUUCCCCUUGGGCUAUUUUAUGUAAACAAUAAGCUCACCUAGGACGUGCGCUUACAAGUCAAAACUUCCUCUUUCUACUAUUUCACCAUAAUCACGUCCUAAAAAUGUCCUUAAAAUCAAAUGAUCAUCUUACCUUUAGAAUUUCUUUACUUUGUUUCCCUGUGGUGAGCUAAGAGGUUUACUGGAAUAGCCUUUAUUGCUAUUGUACCUAUUUAUUGAAACAUCUGACAUAAUAUUGCAAUGGUUUCAUAAGUGCUGUGAUUAUAAUAUAUAUGGUCAGUGUUUUGUAAAACAAUAGAAGCAACAUGAUGUGAUUCAACAACUGAACAAUUCUCUUGGUUCAAAUCUUGUUACAUUUUUAAGGUCCGAGAUACUUUUCAAUUAUUUUUUUAAUAGUCAUGUUAAAUGUCUUUCAUAGCUAUUCUGAUCAAUUUUAUUUAUGUAAUAUGCAUUUUAAGCCAAAAUAUUAAAAUCCCAUAGUUUAAUUAAGUUGAUUCAGAGCUUAUAGCAUAUUUAACAAGAAGUCAUGCAAAAUUAUUUUAAUUUUCCACUAAUGCUUGCGAACCAUGGAUUGUUUUAUCACCGUUUUAUAAACGUCCCCCCCCCCCCCCAUGGGUCUAUUUUCAUUUAUUGUAAUUUUUAUAUUAAUCACUUGUUUCUAAUUGUUAUCUAUAGUGAAGGUCAUGUGAUAUGAUAAUGUUAGGUGUAGUUGUUUUGUGGCACUGGAUUGCUCAAGCUUCAUACGGAUACAAGUAUUCAGAACGUUAACUUCUUAUAAAUGUGCUUUACAGAAACUGUAGAUAGCGUGACCUUGAACCACCACAGGCAGACAUGGGUGUUGUAGGUGACAGUGUUUUGGCAUUCUCAUUUAAAAUAAUCAUGAAAAGGGAAUGACACGUUCUCUUAAAAGCACCCAUGGCCUGAGCUGUUCACAUCACAUCAUGUGGACCGCAGUUCUAUUUUCAAUAAUAACAAGAAACUAUGAUGUCAUAUUGUUUGCUUUCAUCAUAUUAAUCAAAGGACCCAUUUCUGCCUGUUGUGGAUUUCACAAUUGCUGUUUCAUAUUUUAACACAUUAAGGGGAAAAAAUGAACAAUUUACUUGAAGAAAUAUUAUUUUAACCAAUGUUUUUGGCCAAUUCUUAUCUUUGUGAAUUUCAAAAAAUCAAAGGAGCUGGUGAAAUAAAAACAAUGUACAGUAAUUUUUUCCCUUUAAACUCUUCCCUGAACUUUUCAUUUACUUUAAAGUAAUUUUAAUGCACAUUUUCCCUUAAAAACACAGGAUUUCUUAUAAAGGCUUGUUAGCUUUGUGAAAUAAGACUCUGAGUAUAAAAGAGACUAAUUUUUCUUGAAUUUCCCUGUGGUUUAGGGAAGGAUAUGACAGUUUAUCAGUUAUCAUAUCAUUGGUAUGUUUACCUAGAGCUGUUUUCAUAUCUUAGUUUGAGCUUUUAGAAAUCUUUCAAUAUGCUUAAUAGUUCUUACAACUGAUCUAAUCAUGUUGAAUAGCAUGUACUAUAUAUAAGACUGUGUGAAAGAGUUAUUGAACAUUAUUACGGAUGAAAGUAAUAAGAGACUUAAGGCUUCUUUACAGAAUGAGUGUGCUUUUUUCCUUACCCAUGUGCUAAAUUGACAAUCUUCAUACAACGCUUUGGUUGCAGCUGUUUUUUAGACUAAAGUUCUUCUUAAAAAUGAUUUAGUUGUUGAUGUCUCUAUCUGUGCCAUUCUAGAUGCUUUCAUAGUCCCAUGUCCAUCCAGUUAACUUUUCUCUUGGCAUAACUAACACCUGGGUUAGGAACAAAUUGUUCCCCUUUAUUGCUGGUAAUGUUUUGAGGGAAUUUCUUUUUCCAUUACUGACUGCUUGUGCUGACCUUGAAUGUGUGAAGUCUAUUCAUAUUUUCUACCUUUGACAUUAAUUUUUUUUUUGUCAGUUACUUUUUAAGCAGUGUUUUCUAUAAACUAAAAAACUGGUUACAGUGUUAGAUUGUUGGCAGGGGGCUUUUGACAAAUAGGUAGGCUUUCAAGUUGGCCCUUUUCCACUUUUCCCUACUUUUUUGCUAGGUUCCUGCUUUUUCUUUAACAAAGCCCUUCUAUCCCUUCUUUUUUGUAAAAAUAGUCUGAGAACUAAUAGAAAUGAUUUUUUUAUUAAAUCCAUUGAUUGAAACUAUCUAAAUCUUGAUUUUAAUUAGAAGCCAUUUCUAUUAUUUUCAAGUAUUUUUUAAUAAUUAAUUCGAUGCAGAAGGUCUACAGUACUGCAAGAGGGGUUCUAUGAUGAGAAUGAGUGGUGCAUAUUGACAAGUCAGAGACACCCAUUCCAGGUCCAUCUCCACCUGUGGCUGAAUCAUCUUGAAGCACGAAAAUAACUAUAUGUGUAUCAUAAUUGAUGAAUUGGUUUAGUAGUCAUUUAUUUGCAACAAAAUGCUAAAUAAAGAGCCCUACUAUCCCUACAUUUUGCUCUUAAUAGCCCUACUUGACCCUACUUUUUCAGAAAAAUCCUACUUUUGUCCCUACUUUUUUGUUAUUGGUCACUUGAAAGCCUGAAUAGGUGGUUGUGUGUUUAUUUGACGUAAUGUUAGAAGGAAUUGAUUACAAUGAACAUACAUUGACUGUCACUUCUCUUAUGCACCCAAACAACCAGAUUAAUUAGAGCUUAAUAUGAUUAUGUUUAACUCACCACUUAAGCUGAUCUAGCGUAGUAUGAACAUGAAGGCCAGUUGCUCCUACAACGCUAGCCCUUGCACGUCUCUAACAUCCAUUACUGCCUCUGUUAUCUUUUUAUUGUAAGGUAAACACAAAUUGUUUUAUGUUUGAAAAUAAAAAUAUAAAAAAAUUGUUCAUUUUGAAUCCC